AUGGCGAUCACCGAAGGCUCUCCUUCCACCAACGAGAAUGCGCCGUCCCGCGUGCGUGUCUUGCUGUCCCCUGCGCAUGACGGCGACCCUGCCAGUCCCGAUGGAUCGGCUUCCAGUGGUGGCGCCGUGAAAACCGCGCCAAUGGACGGUCCAUCGCCAGGACAAGUCGCGACAGUGACAUCCAUGAACCCCCUGUCAAAGGACUUCCAGCGCGUGCGGUACCUCCUUCAAGCGUCCCUCCCCGGCUUCGUCGUGCACGACGACGUGAUGAUCUGGGACAUGAAGAACCCGACGCUCCAUACGCAGUACGAGCAGCAGACCGCGGGGUUGCUCGAGGUGGACUCAUGGGUGUCGGUCGAAGACCUGGGCCCGUCCAUGGCGCAAAUGUACACCUACGGAUUCACGUCCAUGGAUUCCACGCAGCACCACGGCAUGAAGUUCACCACGGGCAACAUCGUCAUGGACAACCCCGGCAAGACAGGGAAGAAGCAGUUUGUAUUGUGCAAGGUGGCCGCGGGUCGGUCGCUCCCCAUCGAGCGCGAAGAAGAUGCCGCGAUCAGACUUCCGCAAGGGUACCACAGUCACUACCUCGUCCAACCCCCUUCAUCCACUGAACGCGAUCCCUACUACCACGAGUACAUCGUCCCUUCAUCUCAUCAGAUCCUGCCACAAUUCCUCGUUCGAUUCACAUACUCCGCGGUGGAAUCGAAACCCGCGCCCAUAUGCGCUCUGUGCGAGAAGCAGGCCGCGUCCAUCCACUGCCCGGCCUGCGACGCCGACCUCUGCCCUACGUGCGACACGACAGUCCAUUCGGCCAACAAACUCGCUGGCCGCCACAAGAGGUCGCCGCUCGUGACGGCGUCUGCCGCGGGAGAGCCGCCCGUCCUCCUCAGCCUUCCUCCCGUUCCGUGCCGCCUGGUAUGUUGUCAUGUGAUUGUUCUAAUUUCCUUUUUCGACAUUUCCACAGUGAUAUUGUAA